ACAAAAGAACCACCUUAUCUCUUUCUCUUCUGUUCUCUUCUCUUUACUGAAACUUGAAACUGAGAAAACCAACCGACCAGCCUCGCACCCUCCAACAAUGGCUGCCCUCGUUCAACUCCCUUACGACGCCACAGUCAAGCUCGCUCUCGCCUCUCUCGAGCGCAAUCUCUUACCCGACGCCGUCAUUCGAAGACUUACCCGCCUCCUCUUGGCCGCUCGUCUUCGCUCCGGCUACAAAUCAUCCGCCCAUCUCCAACUCUCCGACCUUCUUCGAUUCAUUCAAUCUCUGAAGGAGAUGCCAAUAGCGAUCAAGACUGAUGAGCCUAAAGCCCAGCAUUAUGAGUUACCCACUUCCUUCUUCAACCUCGUUCUAGGGCAAAAUUUUAAGUACAGCUGUUGUUACUUUGAGAAAAGUUCAAGUACUUUAGAGGAAGCAGAGAAGGCAAUGUUGGAAAUGUACUGUGAAAAGUCAAAGCUUGAAGAUGGUCAAACUGUUCUGGAUGUUGGGUGUGGAUGGGGAUCACUUUCUUUGUACAUUGCUCAGAAGUAUAAGAAUUGUAAGGUCACUGGGAUUUGUAACUCUUCUACUCAGAAAGAUCACAUUGACCAGCGUUGUAGAGAGCUUGAGGUUGAGAAUGUGGAAAUCAUUGUGGCUGAUAUUAGCACAUUUGAAAUGGAAAGAUCUUUUGAUAGAAUAUAUUCCAUUGAAAUGUUUGAGCAUAUGAAGAAUUAUAAGGAGCUUUUAAAGAAAAUAUCAGGGUGGAUGAAGGAGGAUGCUCUUCUAUUUGUUCAUCAUUUCUGUCAUAAAACAUUUGCUUAUCAUUUUGAGGAUGUAAAUGAAGAUGAUUGGAUUACAAGGUACUUCUUCACUGGAGGUACUAUGCCUUCAGCAAAUCUAUUAUUGUAUUUCCAGGAUGAUGUUUCUGUUAUUGAUCAUUGGCUUGUGAAUGGGAAGCAUUACGCACAGACAAGUGAAGAGUGGCUGAAAAGAAUGGAUAAGAAUGUAAGGUUGAUAAAGCCAAUAAUGGAAUCAACUUAUGGAAAGGAGAAUGCUGUUAAGUGGACUGUUUAUUGGAGAACAUUUUUCAUUGCAGUUGCUGAACUAUUUGGAUAUAACAAUGGUGAAGAGUGGAUGGUUGCUCUUUUUCUCUUCAAAAAGAAGUAAAAAAAAAUCAAUUCAACUUCUGAAUUCCUCCUAUGCCAUUUUAAGUUUGAGCUUCUCAUUUCAUUGAGUUUAAGGACACUACUUGUAAAUUUCGUCUCUGAGAAAUAAAAUGGGUGUUUGGAAAA